GCCGGGAGUCGUAGUUUAGGGUGCAGCACGAGUGUUUGUUGACGGGGGCCCCUCUCCUUCCUCAGCUGUGGAGCUCCUGGUUCUGGCCCACAACUGCUUCAGCUUGACGUGCCACAUGGAGGGCAUCACUCGCGUCCUCCAAGCUGCCCGGCUGCUGACGGAUGAACACUUGGCGCCAAGGGAGGAGUACGGCCUUGUGGUUCGCCUCCUCACCGGGAUUGGCAGGUACAACGAGAUGACCUACAUCUUCGACCUGCUGCACGAGAAGCACUACUUUGAGGUGCUGAUGAGGAAGAAGCUGGACCCGAACGGGACCCUCAAGACAGCCCUGCUGGACUACAUCAAGCGCUGCCGGCCAGGAGACAGCGAGAAGCACAACAUGAUUGCCCUCUGCUUCAGCAUGUGCCGGGAGAUCGGGGAGAACCACGAGGCGGCCGCCAAGGUCCAGCUGAGGCUCAUUGAAUCUCAGCCGUGGGAGGAGAACCUCCAGGACCUGCCAAGCUUGAAGAAGCUCCUGAUGAAGGCCCUCACCCUCUUCCUAGACGCUGCCGAGAGCUACUCCAAGGACUUCUGCGUGUGCCAGUCCUUGCGCUGCAAGAGGUUCACCAGGCUCAUCACCCUGCAGCUCCACUUCCUGACCACCCCGCACAAAACCAAGCUGAUUAACCUGAGUCGGAAGAGCUUGCUGCCCUGCAUCCUGGCACUGCCCAGGUUCUACCAGGCAGCUGUGGUGGCUGAGGCCUACGACUUCACGCCAGACUGGUCAGAGGUGCUCUAUCAGCAGGUGGUCCUGAAGGGCGACUUCAACUACCUGGAGGAGUACAAGCAGCACGGGCUGCUGAGGACCGGCACCUUCGAAGAGAUCGCCCACAAGUUCAAGCAGAACGCAGCCAGCGAGUCCGUUGUCAGAAACCUGAAGCAGCUCUUGACUUACUGCGAGGACAUUUAUGUCUACUACAAGCUCGCCUAUGACAACCAGUUCUACGACGUGGUGAACAUGCUCUUGAACGACGCCCAAACAGGCUGCUGUCUCAAUGAUUUGCUGGCCAAUUAGCUCGUCCCGGCUGGGCAAAGCAAAACUGCAAACAAACUUAGACGAGCCAGGGGAAGAAAAAAAACACCCCGUAUUUUCAGUCAUGCAGAUGAAAAAAAGAAAAGAUGCUGGUUUUCAAAUGCCCUGAUCUGCACAAAAUACAGGAUUAUUCAUCUGGGACUUGGUGUCAAAUACAUAGACUUCUGAAGUGUUCCAGACUUCUGGAAGGCCUCUGCCAUUGGAUUAAAAGAACUUCACACUGAAGACCAACUUCCUUGGCUGAAGCUUAAGAGAGAGUUUUGAAUUAGCUCACGGCCAGAGCGCAAAAUAUAUCUGAAUUCGA